GUUAGGUGGACUGGAGUUGGCUUUUCUGUUGUGAUUUAUGUGGAGUGGUUCAAAACAGAAGUUAAUCGCUCGGAGGGGGGGAGGGGGCGCUGCUGCGCAGGCCCAGGAGCUUCCUCGAAUUUGUAACUCCACAUUCUUUCAGACCCAGACGGGCGACUCAGUUCCAACGGAACACUGUUCUGCCCACCACUGCGCGCCCCACGCACACCCCACGGAGUUCCUCCCACAGCUUCUCCGCCUUACAGUCGUGUUGAUGUAGUUGUAUAGGAGACUGAAACACGCGGAACUUAUGAAAACGCGGGGUACUUGGACUCCCCCUCCCCAGCUGCCAUCGCUGUUGGGUCCCCAGUCCCGAACGCCGCUGGGUCCCCACCAUUCAGCAGCAGCUCAUGGAAACAAUGAAAGGUGUCGUUGCAGCUUCCGGCAGUGAGACUGAGGAUGAGGACAGCAUGGACAUUCCCCUGGAUCUUUCUUCUUCAGCUGCCUCUGGCAAGAGGAGGAGGAGGGGCAACUUGCCCAAAGAGUCUGUUCAGAUUCUUCGGGACUGGCUUUACGAGCACAGAUAUAAUGCGUACCCAUCAGAGCAAGAGAAGGCAUUAUUGUCCCAGCAGACACACCUGUCCACACUACAGGUCUGUAACUGGUUCAUCAACGCCCGCCGCAGGCUCCUCCCUGACAUGCUGAGAAAGGAUGGCAAAGAUCCAAAUCAGUUCACGAUUUCCCGCCGCGGGGCCAAGAUUUCUGAAGCUGGCUCUAUGGAGGCUGCAAUGGGUAUCAAAAACUUCGUGCCAGCUCUAGAGGGGAGCCCGUUUCAUUCCUGCACAGCUGGACCCAGCCCCACUCUAGGGAGGCCAUUGUCUCCUAAGCCCUCAUCCCCAGGAUCGGUUUUGGCUCGCCCAUCAGUGAUCUGCCAUACCACUGUGACUGCAUUGAAAGAUGGGCCUUUCUCCCUCUGCCAGUCGGUUGGUGUGGGACAGAGCAUAGAUACACCGCAAAUGUCAGCCAACAACUUUACAGACACCUCUCUCAUGUACCCAGAGGACACUUGUAAAUCUGGACCCAGUACAAACACGCAGAGUGGUCUUUUCAACACUCCACCCCCUACUCCACCUGACCUCAACCAGGAUUUUAGUGGAUUUCAGCUUCUAGUGGAUGUUGCACUCAAACGGGCUGCAGAGAUGGAGCUACAGGCCAAACUCACAGCUUAACCCUUUUUCAAGCAAAACAGUUCUCAAAAAUAUGGUCCUGAUUGCCGGGGUGAUGGCAAGAGAUGCAUUAUUUUAUAUAUUUUUUUAUUAUUAUUUGCACAUGGGAUUGCUAAGAAGCAGCCUCCUGUUACUGAGAUGUCUUCAAUGGAAUACAGUCAUUCCAAGAACUAGAAACUCAAAGCUACUGUAGAAACAAAGGGUUUUCUUUUUAAAAUUGUUUCUUGGUAGAUUUUUCAUAAUGUGAGAUGGUUCCCAAUAUCAUGUGAUCUUUCCCCCUCCCUUUUCCUCUUUUUUUUUUUUUG